GUGGAAGUGUAGCUCGGGAUUCGCCAAAUUCGGUAGAAUAAAUGUAAAACAAAAAAAAAAACUUCUAAUUCAUAGGUACCAAUAAAUAUUGAAAAAUAUACAUAUGUAUAUGUAUAUUUGUGUGUGGCUUGGAACAUAUUGAAAAUCAAAGGAGAAGCCCAGUUAAAGUUAGUGACCAAAGCGUUAACAUAUCAGAAAUAUAUUUUCAAAAUAAACAAAAGUUAGUAAACGUCGUGAGUGUGUUUGUGAUUUUCUGCGUAGUAGUGUGUGUAUAUCUCUUUCAAUAAAUAUAAUUAAAAUACAAUGACUAGUGGUGUUCGGUAUCUACAGUUCGUUUGUCCAUGCACAAUCUUUGUUCCUUAUGUUGGAUACUGAAAUGUGAAAUGGAAUCAAAUUUAGCACUAUUUAUCCCCACCAGGAUGUCUGCUCUUUCCCAUCAGCUGAAAUGUGAUGACUACAAGUAGGGGCCGCACAUAUUUGCCAUUGUCAAGAACAUGGCCAAGAUCUAGGAUUGCUUGCGCCAUAGUGAAAAGGAAACAAACAAGGAGGACAAAAUUCGGAGGACAUGUCUAUGAAGGGAUCCUUGCUAACAUUCGAGAAUAACAACGACAUUGUCAGUAAAUCUAAGAAACGUUCUUCGGCACUGCAUUCGGCACAUUUCAAUACCAGCACCACAUCGACGACAACGUACGCGUCUAUGGGCAAAACGGCAAGCCCCAGUUUAAAUUCGAGCAUUUCGAAUUCGGUCAUAACGAGCGGCAGCGGCAGUGGCUGUGGCAGUGGCGGCAGCAGCAGCAAUCACCUCCAUCCAUCACAUACGAAUUUUCCGUCGAGCCAUUUGCCGGCAAAGUACAUGAACUCGAAGAGAAAACAUGCCAAGUACAACAACAUGUAUUCCAACAUGUAUCCCGACCACAACAAUUAUUUACAUUUGAAUUCCUUGUGGUCCAUUUGGUAUGGCGUGCUGCUGACAUUGUUCCAGGGCUAUUUGGCCGUGCAUGGUGCAUACAGAUUUCUGGGCUGUUCUCUUAUCUCAUGGAAAAUCGAACCAGUCGCAGAACUCAACCUGCAAAUAAUACUUUCCGGCUUGGUUUUCAUUCUACUUCCAUUCUUUUUCACUUCGGCCGUAUUUAAGGUGGGCAACAUGGCCAAUGAUGGCGUUAAGCUGGCGACCAGCAUUAAAGAGCAACGCUGCUCCAUGUCACCGCAUGAUGGUCUGGAGGAAGAAUCGCGUGGAGGCACAUUGCGAGCCUUAUGGACACAUGGUGGGCCUACGGCGGCAUUUAUACACAUUGUGAUUGCCAUGUGCUUGCUGCUGCCUCGACUGCUGCUGGAGGCUCGCAUAAUUGAAAAUGGUCUUUUGCCAAGAGAGACGAUAUGGCAAACAGAACUGGAUUUUAUGAAUGUGAAUCGCCGUCAUCUGGUUGUACUCUCGGUGAUGGCUUCACCCUAUCAGAACGACACGAGCACAUACGAAUCGCAAGAAGAUGAGGAGUAUCUGAACGAUACCAUUUUUAGCAGCUACUCCAGUGAGAGUGGGGGUAGUGCCAGUGAUAAUGUUGCUGCCACCAUGGGCAGCGGGGGUGCGAAUAGCAAUUCCAUCAGGAAUAGUUUAUGGGAUGUCAACUCCCGUCCGCAUCAUGGCAGUAAAUGGAACAAUGUUAUGAUGCCGGCAGUUGGGAAGAGCAGAUUCCUUGAAUUGCCCGAUUUAAUAGAUGCUGUCGAAAAUCAAAGCUCCAAAUACAACAAAUUCCAUGGCAAGGCACACGAGGCUAAAAUCACGCCACCAACAGCAGCCAAACAAAGAACCACAACAACUUCGACAACAGAGGCAACAACAAUGGCAGCACAUACAACAACAAUAAUGCCAGCCACCAAUGCCAUAGAACAGGAAAAGAACAACCGAGAUAAUGACAGUGGAAAGGAGGCCAAAGGCAAUGCCUGGAUAACAAUAGAGGAGGACAGGACAAUGGAUUCGACAUCUGUAACGCAACCUGUUACAACGCUGCCAAUGUCCACAACUCCAAAUGGAAUGAUAAAUUCCAAAACCACAACAACAAAAACUACUACUACAACAACAACCACUACGCCUCUGCUCUCCACUACACCCACUAAAUAUUCGACCAGAAGUAAAUUAAGCAUCAGUGGCAAUAAUAACAUGGCCAUUGAUGAUGGUGGGCCAACGUUUGGUGGUGGUGGUGGUGCCACAAAACCAACAUUCUCAACAUCUGCGGCUACAUUGGCGAUGUCCUCUAGCACCAGCCAUCGGCCUACCCCACCAUCAUUCAUAGAAGAACAACAGAAAAUUUCUUCGGGGAUUUCAAAGAAGCAUCAACAUCAUCAUCAUAAUAAUGGCAAGACAUCACGACGACAUAACGGCCAUCAUAGGCAACGAAAGCUCUCUACAUCGGCUGGUUCACAGUCGCAGCGCAAACACCAUCAGCACUUGGGCAACAGACGUACAGAGGAAUUUGGUUCGCCCAAUGUGUCCGAGGUCCCAGAAGAUGUGCCUUUGAAAGCGAAUCGUCUAGAUGAGUUUGAGUAUCCUCCGUCCGGUCGUGUCUAUGAGCACAGACCAUCUUCAUACGAGGAGUUGGACUUUGGCCGGGCCCGAGCCGCCAUCUACCCCAAGUCGUCGACGACCAUAAGCACCACAACACGAGACAGCAAUAUACACAUAGUAAAGCCGGAGAAGCUGCCCGAAAUAGUGCCCUCCACGCCGGUCUCUAGCAAUUCCAAAAUCAUCGAAAUAAAAGCCAAGACCAAACGAUUUGGGGAACGAAUCAAAAGGCAAAUAACAUUUGCGGAAGAAAAUCAAGUGGAAAUCGAACCGGAAUAUUUGGUGGGCGAUUUGAAUUUCAACGAUUCCAGUGAGUAUUUAGCCGAGAUGACCACAAUCGACUCGUCUACGGCCACCACCACAACUGUAGAAGUCCGGCCGGAGGGGGGUGGUGACCAUCUGGAUGGCUUUGCCGGUAUGCUGCAAUUGUUCUUUGGCAUUGAGAAAGCCAUCGAUGUGGCCACCUUCACCCAACCACCUAGUGCGGAAUUUGUAAAUCUUGUCAUCGCCCUCUUGGUGUGGUGCGUUCGUUAUCCUGCCGUCUUCUGGUCGACAGCCAAAUCAUUCGCCACCAUCUUCAGUGUGCAAAUGAUAGCCACUGCCUCCGACAUAAUCUUCAGCUUUGCGGGCAUAUCAAAUCUAUUCAAGUUGCAAAUCUACAGCGAAGCUCAGCCCGUACAAAAUCCCGGCCUAAUAUUAAAUGCCACCGUAACACUGGCCCUAUUCUUACUCUCAACCGUGCUGAUGCUGUCCUCAUCCAUGAUCAUGUAUUUGUAUGGUCACGGUCGAUUGGCUGCCAAGAUGAGGGACCGCUCAAUAAUCACCCUGAAGUCUGGUCAAUCGUGGAUCUAUUUUGCCCACUGUGCCUCGCUGUGUUACAUUCUGGCGCUGUGUGUGGUCAAAGCUCCAUUGCUCAAUGACUUGAGUGCUACAUAUCGUCACAAUCUACACUGUCCAACAUUUAUGGCGGCCCUGGUCAGUGUCAUGCAUAUUUUGCUGUGGAUUGUAAUCUGGCUCUGCUUGACCAUAAAGCGAAGAUGGAGUUUCAAGUUACCACCGCUGGAUGCCUAUGCCAUUAUAAGCAAAGCCACUACACAACCGCUGCUGAUGCACAAUCGAGGCAGUUUAACAAACACAACUACAGCCAGCCUUAAUAAUUCCACUAAUCUGGGUGGCGGCAACUCAUCGUCCAUUGCCGGCGAUAGCAGCGGAGAGCACAAGCCGAUUGGCGAUCAAGGCGGAAAUCAACUCACCAAUGCACCCAGCACGGAUCCACUGGCCGGCGUGCCCGUCGAGGAUGUCUACUGGCCCAAGUUGACGCCGAGCUCGCCGAAACUUAAAGUUACAUUCAAUGAAGUUACGAGUACGUGUGAUGAUGAUCAUAAUCGUCGACUUAUUGGGGGUGACCACCAACAAAACGAUGGCAAGCGCAAUUCGCCCCGUGGAACCGCGCUAUGUUUUACCAGUAUUACGGGGGAAAUUGAUGACGGAGAGUACGCGACAUUAAGAUCAGCCACAUCAGUAUCCGUGGUGGGCAUUGCAGUGGGCGGCGCUAUUGGUAGUAGUAACUCCUCAAAGGGUCACCCACCCACAGGGGGUGUAAGCGUUCUACGCCUAAGUGAAUAUGAGGAGCUACCACCGCCACCACAACAUUUGAUCUCUUCUUCCAUGUCAACUGGCAAUCGCACAAUUGCAACGAGGGACUAUGUCAAUUGUUCCUCCAAUCAUAGUGGCACAGGAGUGUUGGGAGAUGACAACAUUUCCGAAGAGGGCAAACUCUUAGCUUGCGUUCGAGACGACAGUGUUACGUAUGCAUCCACCAGGGACUUGGAACCACCACUCCCACCACCACCACCGCCCACAACGUCCGUUGCAGAGAGGGCACCACAUGCAAUUCCAGACAUUAUGCAACUCUCCUCUUCGCCAGAACAUCUAGUCAGUCCGUUGGCUCCCGUCACGGUAACCGUACACACGAACGAAGCCCAUAUUACUUCAAGCUCUACUCCCCGAUGUUUGCGACGCGCAGACUCAGGCGUUCCUCAGGAAGCUCUGACACCGCGCAGCGACACCACUUCGAUGGGUACUGAGAGCACAACAUCUCCGCCUGAGCGAGCGCCCUCAGAGUCUUCGAGUGGAGUUCAUUCGGCCGAGGAGCGUGAUGUUGAAGUGGUCAUAAGGCCACGCGCCAUCUGCAAGCCUCCAGCAAAACCACCACAACCUGCUAUUCAAGAGGAGCCUUAUGGUCGUUGUACGAACAUGCGCAUGUCCAGUUUUGCAUGUGGGGUCAACAGCAACAGUGCCACCUUGCCGCCACAACGCUCGCAACCGGAGCAGAAAUUCGACUACUCGCAACAUUGCAGUACCAUGCCCUUGCCAUCGAACGCUCAUUUCAAUCAGCCUCAGACGCAGCAAGCUCAGUCGGCUGUUUACGCAACAUCGGCUCACUGCAUGACACAAUCCCUGAAUGCGGCCACAAAUAUGAGCUCGUUCAAAACACCCCUGUAUGCCAAUUCUGGCGUGGCAUUGUCGGGAAACAAUAAUAAUACACCGACUCAUCAACACAAUCAGACGCCACCUCAGCCUCCACCAUAUCCCACGCCACAUCCCACACACACCACUCUGCCCAAUGGAGUGCGGUAUUCGAAUCCCAAUAUUCUGAGGCGACUGCCGUACGUGAAGGGAGCUGAAUCGCCAUAUGGCCAUUUAGGCUUGGGCGCAGGCCAUCAUGCAUUCACCAAGACGGGUUACGAGAAUACCCUGCUAAAUUCCACCAUACCGGAGGAUCGAGAUUCUGCCAACUAUUCCAUGACAUCCGACCAGGACUGCCUUUAUGCCACAGCCAAUCCACUGCAUUAACUUAACCACCGCCACCACCUGGUAGGGAUAGCAACCGAUGGCCAAGCCGCAAAGCAGAUGACACCAGUGUAAAUGUUCCAAAAGCAAAGUCUCACAACUAUCGUGUAUACAUGUUUCUUUAUACAUACUAUUGUAUUAUUAUUAUUAUUUUUUUUUCUACAUAUGCAACUCAAACAUGCUUGAUACUCAAACACACCCACAUACAUACAUACAUAAUCGUAUGUGCGGGCAGGUGUUUUUACAAUUGAAUUUUAUACAAAUAUACAUACCUAGUGUAUGCUAGUUUUAUGCAUGCAUGCAAGCAUCACACCUAAAUAAAUUAUUAACUUAAGUCAUUGCGUCAAGCGUAAUUACAUCCAUAUUUAACGCCUAACCUAACCCAUCUCUUGUAACCAAAUCGUAUUAUAAAAAAUAGUCUGAAUUCGCGUCCAUCUGAAUAUAGUCAAUACACCCACCCGCUGCUUGAUAAUCGCGACUCACACACACACACACCCCUAUAGCUAUGAUGUGAGUCAAAUCUAAGCAAUCUUCCACGCUUCCUCUCCUAACAAAAAUUGAGAAUUUACGUACGUCCACAUACACACAUAGUAAAUGGCAUCUCAGUGAAUGACAAAAGUUUGAAUGCACUCCACUCCAAUUCAAGGAGUAUAUCGAGCCCGAAUUGCCAAAAAUUGUAACUGACCAAAGUCUAACUUACUGGAGGUGGUUUUUUAGUGGUACAAAACAACUGAAAAACUAUGAAAACCCAAAACUUGCCUACAAAAUUUAAAUCAUAACGUUUUACAAUAAUAGCGGUGAAGAAUUUGGGGAGAAGAUACAAGUAUUGACCUAUCGAUUUCAUUAAAAACAAAAAAACAGAAUGUCGAUCAUGUUGUCACUUUUGUUUUUUGCGCUCAGUGCUUUAUAAGGUUUAACGUUUUAAGCUUUUUUUCUAUGCCUUUUGGGAAUGUCUGCAAAAUAUUAAAAUUAAAUUAACCGUUUUUAUACCCUCCACCAUAGGAUGGGGGUAUACUAAUUUCGUCAUUCUGUUUGUAACUCCUCGAUAUAUUCGCCUAAGAUCCCAGAAAGUAUAUAUAUUCUUGAUCGCCAUGACAUUUUAAGUUGAUCCAGUCAUGUCCAUCUGUCCGUCCGUCUGUCUGUCGAAAGUCUUUUUAAUAUAUGAAUUAGUUUCAAGAUAUAUGCACAAUUAUUUUUUUCGAGAUUCUCUGCUCUGCAAGACAUCUCACAGUCAAAUAAGACUUUGGCAAAGAAUCAAUUUAGAAGAUAUUUUUGCAAUUGAUUUCAAGGGGACAUUUUCGCAUUCGAUAUAACAAACAAAAAACCUUUCAAGAUGUUGUUAUGCACAUCGAUUUCUGUGGGUCUAUACUAGUUUUUUGACAAAUCCUAAAAACAACUUCUACAGUGACUUUAACCUUUGACUUUUCGAUACAUAUUGAAGUUCAUUAUUUGGAAGCAAUACUUGUGUGUAUGUGCCUGCUAUGAGUGCGUACAAUUCUCUUGGCCCCUUAAACUUAUACUAGCCCUACAUAUUAAGUAAACGAAAUGCAAAAUGUGAUUGGUUUAGUUUAAUAUUGAAAUACAUACAUACAUACAUACAAACAUUUUCAUAUACAAAACAAAAAACACAAAUGCGCACAAUACUCAUAAAAGUUUCCCUCACCAUAUAUUAGAGUGGCCAUUAUUUCAAGGUUGAAAAGGCGCACAAAACGAAGAACUUGUAUGGACUUCUUAAGAAGCAAGGCAAUUGGCAAUUGCUUAUAUAGCUUAACGAGUAAUGGUCACCCUAUAUAGCCUAAAACCUUCAUAGUAUGUAUCUAAUCAAAUCUAUCUAUACAUAAGAACUUAAUAAAAUACAUACAUACAUAGAUACAUGUGUUACAGGUCGCUUGUUGUUUAUGACCGGCACUCCAUGGUCUAUAAUAUAAUUGGCAAUUUGUUUGUUACCAAGUGCUCGGCUCUAAGUCAACCCCAUUGAUUGAUUGCAUCUCAUCAAAAUUUGUAUUUUCAUCUCAUUUCAUGUUCGUUACUGCCUCAAAUACAAAGCAAUAAACAUAUGUUUUUAUAUAUACAUACCUACCUAUACAUGCAUACAUACUUAUAUCAAGUACCAUCUAAAACUACCUACUGCUCUGCUAAUACUAAUUCUACUAUUGUACUAAUACCUAACUAUUAUUAAAUGGUACUGCUACGACAUAUAUGUUUAAUGUAUUCGCUCCCCAAAUCCAUCUAUAUAAAUACAAACAUACAUACGCAUAUAUAUAUUAAAAUAUAUAUAUAUUUACUUACAUACCAAUGACAUUUUUAUACAACUGAGAAUGUUGGGCAGACGAAGAAAGAAAGGAAACAAAACAAAAUACAACUCUGCAACUUAAUCACAGGAAGAGUUACCAAAAAUAAAUUUAAUAAACAAAAUAACGGCAAAGAAAACGAAAUAAAAUAAAAAUGCAAACGAUAUUCAUGCAUUGCAGUUUAUGCAUACAUAAAUUACAUAUUAACAUACAUACAUACAUAUUUAUUAUUAUAAAGAGAAUAAGCGAAAAGGUAUUUUUAAGACGACAAAUAUUUUACGAUAUUUAAUUAUGUAAUAAAGUUUAUUUUAAAUUUUGCUACCUUUAUAUACACAACACACACAACACACCCAUACUGGCAUCAAUACCGACGACAAGAACAAGAACAACAACACCAUGUAUAAUAAUAGUAAAAAAACAACAAAAGUAACUACCAGCACCACCACCCUCACCCCCACCUCCUUCUCCUUCUUUCGGACAGAUGUGCGAAUGGACCUGCAGGUGGACUAGAGAAAGAAAUGACCCCAUUAUACUACAACAACAACAACAAUCAUUGCAAUCGUUUUUAAUUACUUUUACAAGCAUUUGAAACAAACACACUUAAGCAAAACAAAAGAAACAACAAAACAAAACACAUCAUAUCAAUUUUAUACAUACAAACAAAGCAACAAAUAAAUAAUAAAAGAUACAAUAUACAAUAACUAAAGAAUAAUUGAAAAUGGAAAGCAACUAAUAAAUACAUAAAUAUUCAAUAAAUAACCACAUUCGAAACCACAUGCUCGUUCGUUAUCAGUUCUAAUUUGUUUGUUUUUGAUUUGUUUGUUUUUUCGGAAAAUUUUAAUAGAAAUCCUUGUGAACAAAAUGCUGCAUAUGCAUGCCCAUAGUCAAUGUCAAGGAUUAGAAAAGAAACUACGAAUAUUGAGGUUCAGAAAUUAAAAGUUGAAGACAAAAUUACUCCAAGUCCCGCAGUGUCCGAGGAAAAAUUCUAGUUUAUAUGGGGACU